GAAGUUCGUAUACCUACCAAGCUAGACGGUCAAACCUAUUGCUCUUGAAUGAACAAAACUGAAGAAAUGUUCUUUUUUGUGACUUAUUUUGAAUGCCCUCAAAUGGCUGGAUCUCAUGGGGCCAUUCGACAGUACCAAGUUGCGUGUGUUACCUUCAACUAAAGACUGUUUUGACAUCGAUUAUUCAGGACCAUCAUCGUGUUUCGAUAGGACCAUGGAUCAAUAAAAUGUUUACCUAAAUAAAACAGGCAUCCUUUAUUUUGAUUAUUGCAUUUUAGAAGUAUGUUUGUUGACAGAGGUACUUGAUAAUCUUUUAUUGACUUGCAAACAAGGAAGACACAGAUGGCAUGCGAGGUCGUACCGGUGUUCUGCUCCAGAGUCACCUGAAUAAGACCUAUACAGUUGAUUUGCAGCCAAAGGUUUCAGAAUAUUAGUCAACCUGCAGAAUGUCCAUAAUUUAAAAAUUGUCUGACAUGGAUAUACUAUACUUGAGAUAAUUUUUUAACUGGAAAGAAAGUAAAUGUUUAAUGAUGACAUCUUAGACGUCUUGAAUUCGUCCGUCUGGCCUACGUCCAUAUCGUCUAGACGCGAAAAACUCUUACAUCGUCGUCACAGUAUUGGGCCUAAGGGUUUCAUAUAGUUCGGAUAUAUAGAAGUCUAAUCGUCUCUUAUCCUAAAGCGAAAAUGUCGACGAGAAAAGAUAAAAGAAACGCUCCGCGGUCGCCGAACCCGAACGGUUCACGAGCGAACCCAAGCAACGCGGCUCGCGAAACCACCGUCAUCGACCCCCAAAUCAUUCACCACAGCGCCGGUGGAACAUACCGACGUCAUGUCACCUACCCCGACCUGCCGUUGUCGCUAGACGAGAUCUACGACCGGACCACGCGCUACACCGAUAAAUUUAUGGCACGGCCCAUCAUCUUCUUUGACGAGGAUGACGAUGAACUCGGGGCCUCGAUCAAGAAUAAACGUGGCUCAGCCGAAAGGAGGAUGACGAUCGCGUCGAGUAGUCGUGCCGGUAGUCGAAAGACCUCGCUCGCUCCCGGGCUCGCUCCGCAGUCGUUUGAUGCUGCUCGAAGAGGAACUAUAGCUGCUGGUGGUGGGUUGACCAUGGGUGCAAUGGACUUUCGGAGGUUCGCUACCCAGGGUGAAAGAGAUGCUUUCGUUAUUGAUGCAGCUGCAUCCAUAGCCGCUAGUGUGAUUGGAUCUCAAGAAGGCAGGAAACAGAAGGUUGUCAUCUGGCCUGAAUGGAGUGAUGCUGAUGUCAAUGGAGAAAAAUGGGAUGCUCCACACAAACCAAAGGAGAAGGAGAAGGGCAAGAGCCCCAGCAGCAUGCAACAUUUCUUUGAUGAUCCCGAGGGAAGAAUUGAGCUGCCUACCAGUCUCAGACAUCGUGUAGACCAUUGGAGGAGGCCACAGGACUUCAUCACAGACAAGACACCGGUGGUCUAUGAUCCCGACAGCACCAAGGACAUCGACCUCCUCACCAACAAUGAACACCUAGAUGAAUGCGAGACGCUUCGUUGGAUCACCAGCCAGAUCACCAACCUGUGGCACUCCACAGCCACACCCAUCACCGAACCCCAUGAGGGGGCUACCAUAGCAGGGGGCAAGAUGCACCCCUGGAGGCCUUGGGACCACAUCUACGCCCUCUGUAAAGUAGGAAAGGCUCCCCAUCUACCCCUCUACAACCCCCAUGGAAAAUAUAUCAUCAGGGUCUAUUGGAUGGGCACCUGGAGGAAAGUGACCGUAGAUGACACAAUCCCUUUUGAUGACAACGGCAAGAUGCUUCUACCUAGCUCCAGGUUGACCCAUGAACUCUGGCCUAUGCUCCUCACCAAGGCUCUCAUCAAAGUCUUCUCAUUAGAUUACUCAACUGGAAGUAGUAGCUGUGAGUUUGGUGAUGUGACCGUCAUCCAGACAUUGACAGGAUGGUUGCCAGAGACUAUCCCUCUACAGUACGGUCAUUUGGACAAGGUAUGGGAGCUGAUGAGGAAGCUCCUGCCAGAGUUCAAGCUCCCUGACCUGGAUCCUCCCCCGUCAGAGGAGCUGCCUCCUGAAGAGGCUCCUAAGAAGGAGAAGAUGGGAGACGAGAUGUCAGUGGUAACCAGGGAGUCCAAUAAGGACGGCAAAGGAGGCAAAGGAGCAGAUGGAAGAUCUGAAAAAGGAGACAAGGACUCGAGAGUGGGACACAAAGAAGAGGUCAAGGAAGGAAAGAAAGACAAGAAGGACAAAAAGGAUGAUAAAGACAAAGAUAAACGCACACCUGAUAAGGAACAAGUAACAAUCCUAGAUAAAGAUCAGGCGACGCCCAUGGUCCCUGAGAGCCCCCAGGUCACCCUCUUCGUCAGCUACGUACACCCUCCUAAGAUACCCGUCAGGAUCUCGGUGCUUGGAGAAAUGGCUGAUGCAUCGGAGAGGCUUCGUCAGAACGGUCUCUCCCACGUCUACCCACACCCUCUCAUGCUGACCCAGACCAGAUCCUGCCCCCUGGUGGCCCCACCUCCACCCCCUAAGAUCCCCUCCUGGAAACUGAUCCGCCCCAAGAAGAAGAAGCCAUCCCCUACUGAUGAACCCUCAGAACCUGAGGUGAAGAAACCAGAGCAGUUUGUGGAGCUGACCUCUCAGUUUGUCAACUACAAAGUCAGCUCUGUUCCCAUUCCUACAGACACGAAGAGGCCCAACUCGUCGCUGUCCCGAGGAGCCGUCUCCAGACCUGAGACCUCCCAGAUGGGUGAGAUCUGUGAGGUGGAUGAGAAUGCUCCGGAGAAGACGGAGGAGGAGGUAGCCAAGGAGAAGGAGGCCAAGCAGAGAGCAGAGGAGGAGGCCAAGAGGAAGGAAGCAAUGGCUGCUGGUAGCAUCCCUGAUAUACAGAUGGGAGGAGUUGUUUCACCAGGACUGAUGCCCAACACAUCCCCCAGAGAGAGACAGAAGUCAGCUAGGAAAUCAAGCAGUGUCAAGAUAGAGAAGAUUGAUGAAAAGAAAGCUAAAGAUGAUAAAAAGGACCAAAAACUAGAUAUCCAGAGUCCAGCCCCCAAGAAGUCAGCCAAGAAGUCCCGUGGUACAGGUGAGAAGGAGAGAAUGUUCCCCGGCAAGCUGGAAUCCAAGGUGUCACUCAAGGACCUCAAAGGGUCAGGGGUCAAAGAGAAAGGCAAAGAGGGUGAGAAGGAGAAGAGUAGUGGGGCUAAAGAUGGAGGCAGCGGGCUGGGUGGGGCACUUAAACCCCCCGGCACCAGCGAGGGGUACGGCCUGGACCAACCCCCUGAUACCUACUCCGUCAUGACAGAUGGUGUUCCCCGGUCUGCCCUGGGGGAGGGGUCGGUGAUGAUCUUGGACGGCGAGACCCCAGCAGGAGACAACCGGGACAAGGCAGAGCUGUGUCAGGUGGAUAAGAAAGUCUGGAUGGACUUUGAGGACUUCUGCAAGUGCUUCAAAACACUGUACGUCUUUCACAAGCCAAGCUCUUACAUGUGUACUCACAAAGUAUCUGAUCUCAAGAGUGAGUUACCGGGCGUGGUCGCGCACCCCUCCAGUGCUCGGGGCGUCAAGGAACCAGAAAUGGCUGGGAAGAGUGUGCAACCUACCGCUGGUAAGAAGUCUGCUGCCCCCGGUGGUCCGGCCAACCCCAGUGGGUCAAUGACCUCACAGACGCCUGCUAGGAUGCCCUUCAGUCCUUCACCGCCGCAUCAUCGAGGACCAGCAAUGAACUUUGAAGGCCAUAAGACCACAACAGAUGAUCGAUCUCCACAUUACAUGUUCGUUGAUAAUCUAGAGCCUACUGAGAUCAUCGUGAGCUUCUCAUCGCUCUCCAGGUGGUUUGAUCCCCCUGCUGAUCUACCCAAGACCUCCCAUAGCUCUACCAGAGGCAAGGAUCAGCUCAAGGAUACAGAGUCCAUCGCUGGAUCAAGCAGUGUGGCUGAUGCUAUCAUAACUCCCAAAGACACGCCUGUGACCCCCACCACGCCCGGUCUGCUGGUAGCAGAACCCUACUCCUGGAAGAGUCUGGUGGUUGGUCAACCCAUCCUGAGGAUUCGCUCCACCUUCACCAAGGCUGCUGCUCUCACCUUGCCUCCAGGUCGGCAUGUCCUUCGUUUCAUGAUGACCGCACCUCUAGGGUACCAUGUUCACCUGUGCUCCACUGUGCCAUUUGUCUAUGGGGAUGAGGAAACAGUCAUGACGCAUCUUACUAAGGAAAGCUGUCGUUUUGUAGACCAGGCCAUGCAGGUCAUGCAGACCAUCGGCAACGCCAUCCAGAACUUUGACAACAAGGAGCUCUUCAACACCAACAUGAAGGAACUUGGUCUUCUACAUUGUCCUGUACGCGACGACACCUUAGCUGUCAUACACAAUCAUGAGGUUUUCAAGGAUGCCCUUUACAACACCCUGCGCAAGUCACUCACCGAGAGCUUGACCCCUGAGAUGACCUUUGCUUGGAAAGCAUUCAACUUUGACGUCCUCACCAAGAACAUCGCCGGGAUACCUGUUAGCCAGAGUCGACCAGCACCCGGCAUUGAUAAUAGGCCCUCUACUGGUGCCUCAAGGAAAUCAGCCAAGCUGUCGAGAAAGAAAACCACAGAGGAAGCAGAACCACAAGGCGUUGAAGUUCCAGAUCAUUGGGUAGACAGGGAGCCGACAGAGGGGGAGGAUGAGGCUGUCACAAUGGUUGCCAAGUAUUGGAGAGGAUGCUAUGUACGUAAGGUCAAGGCUGCCAGGAGUCCAGGAACCACUAUCAAUGUCCAAGCCAAGGAGCAGCUCCAGAAAGCCUGGAGCAUCAUGGAGCCUAACCUGGAGCAACAUGCUCUACAUCUAUUCAGGACAAUGUUCAAGACUGAUCCUGAUCUGAUGCCUGACUUCACCUUCUACCAAGACGAGUGGAACAAGAUCUCUUACGUAGACUUCCAAGGCACCUACCAGGAGCAACCACCACACACAUGGUUUGUGGUCUUCAGGGAUGUCCUGUUUGUCCAAGAGCCUAUGCUGGUUGUACCCAAGCUCUACUGCUCCAUCCCAACCUGUAUGCUGAGGGUGGUGGACAAUGAUACGGGUGAAGAGAUUCCAAGGGUCUUCCAGAGAGUGGCUCCAUACGAGUACAAGAAGAACAGGAGAGGCUACACCUUCCUUGCUGAGGCUCGAACCAGCGACCUGCCACUCGCCAGCGGGAAGUGGAGGAUGCGUCUGAUCGGUUCAUCUAGUCCUCUCCCACAGCCUGCUAGGGACGGACUCAACAGCAGCUUCCUCCUGAAAGAGAUAAGAGACUAUUACAUCCCUAACAAGGAGAACAUCAUUAUGAGGUAUGUUGUAAAGCCCCAGGAGGACCAUGUAUCCAGCAUACAGUUUGGUACGUCCAAGUCGGACGUCUACAUCAGUCUGGACAUACUGGACAAUGAGGAGUCUGUGGCCAGUACAUCAGGCAAGGGUCAUGCGGUCAUCCCAGCUUUCACCUUCCUCAGGGAUCGAGAGCCAGGGGAAGACGAGAAGAGGUCUUCACGCUCCUCUGCCAAAGGAGCUCGAGGCCAUGGCAGUACAGUCAGCAUAGGGUCUGGCAAGAGAAAACCACACUCGGCUAGUAGCCAUGAUGGUAGAGGGUCGCGUGCAAGCAGAGCCUCAGGGGACCUUAAUGAAGAAGAAAUGAAGCCCCAUAAGUACAUCAUCCAAGCCAAAGUGAUGAGGAAGAGUUGGCCCAUGUCGGAGAGCAGCUGGGCCUUCGUACAAGUCUUGAAGGAACUGGAGAAGAACGAGCUUAAAGUGGAGCAAAACGAUUCCUUCCAUCCCACGGCCGUCGUUCUUGAGUACAAAAUACCGGAUGAUUUCGACGAAGACAAAAUGGAAUCUCCAUCGCGUCCCAGAAGAGCGAGAAGGGUGGCCCGAGUGGAGAGCACAUCAUCCGAUUCGAAAGGGGAUAGAGAAGAUUCGCAAGAGAGAAAAAAAGCGAACAAAGAGCGCCCCCUAUCCCCAGGUAAGGGUGAUGCCAAGGCAGCGGCCAAGGACCGGGGUAAGAAAGGCAAGGACAAGGGCAAAGAUAAGGAUAAAGACAAGGACAAAGGCAACGCAUCUAGACCAUCCUCACAGCAGUUUGAUAACACCAAGCCUAACUGGACCCUCAGGGUGGUCCUGGACCAGACACCAACGGAUGAGGUUGAGAUCCGUCGUGAUACGGAGCGCCAGGAUGAGAUCCGUGCCAUGAAGCAGGCCUGGGAAGCAGCCGAUCCUGGUAGGGCCGCCAAGGCACUGGCUGCCAGGGAGAAGUUCCUCAAAGACCAUCUCAUCAAACUGGAACCUGAGGAAGACCUGACGUCAGUACAGCCAGAGCAAGCAGAGGCUGCUGCAGAAGCAGCGGAAGUUGGUCCUCCCCAGACACCAGCAUCUGAGAUGGAGCCACCAGUCCAUGAUGCGAUCCUUACCCAUGAACCUCCGCCUCCACCUCCUCCCAAAGAGAUCCUCAAGACCAUGGAUUACACUCCUUACAUCAGACCUGCAGACUUCACCGGUGAGCCAAGGCUGAAGGAUGAGGAGGAGGUUGAGAGACAGUUUGAGGUGAAGCAGAGAGAGAUCAAGGAAUACAACCUCUUCAGAGAGGCUGUACUGGACGAGAGGGAGCAGGACCGUAAGAGAAGGAACCUUACCAAGGAGAAGCAGCUCAAGAAGUGCAUUGACCUACAGACCGAUCUGGAUGAAAGGCGUGAGGAGAUCAACAAACCCCGAGAGGCCUUCCGACAGAAGUUCUUGGAGGCUGAGAAGAAACGACUGGAGGAGAUUGCAUCUGCAGAGGCGGCCAUGAAGCUAGAGCAGGCCAGGAGAACCCCAUCGCCCAAGGGCAAGAAGAGCCCUAAAGGAAAGAAGAGCCCUGGAAAGAAGAGCGCAAAGGGAAAGAAGAAAUAGAUCUCUUCAUUUUUAGAUUUUGAAAUGAAUGGUUUCUAUUUAUCCAUGGUUUUGGGGGCAAGAGAGGAAAAAAUUCAAACCAGUCCGCUGCCCAAAUCCCUGAAAGAAGAAAUGAAAUGAUUGUUUUGUUUGCUCUUAUUGGAAGGGAAUGGAAGACCAUCUGUACUAGUUUAUAGGAGGGACUAGACCAUCCUGCAAGGUCACUGGACAAGUGAUUAUCUCAUCAACUUA